AUGUCUCGAUCUCGCCACACAAGACCUUCCAGGUUAGUCAGAAAGGAAGAUAUAAACAAAAAGAGAAACAACCGAGUGAAGAAGACCAACAAGCCACCACCGAACAAAAAUGUGACAUUGGUCAAGCCUGCAAGCCCUGGGAAGCUAAAACAAUUUAUUCAGGAAAGAGAUGGUAAGAAAAGAACAGACCCCAAACCUCUUGUGCCAGCCAGAAGCCUUCUGACCCGGGCUGGAGCUGCCCGCCUAAAUCUGUCUCGCUCGGAGCUUCUGGUCCAGAACCCAGUGUCCCUCGCUUGCAAUGGCUUCACCAUGGCUCUCCGCAGCGGGCGGCUCUCCCAGCCACCGGUGGUCACCACCAAAUCCAGGAAAACCCCACCGUCCAAGAGCUCAGCGAAGCACCGUGAGUGUAAGGUCCUCACUAACACCGGAGUCAAGCACUCGGAGAAUGGCCCUGUCCCAGACCCGGCCCCCCUGACCCCCCUUGAUGCAGACAGUCCGAGAGGUGUGCAGACUAUGUCUGUAGUUGAAGGCACGAGCCUGGAGCCCACCCAGCCUGGGCCUCACGCAGCCGAGGAGCUCAGCACCGGGGGACCCACGCCUGGUGCCGUGGCGGCUGAGAUCCCGUCUGGACCCCCAGAAUGGCCACAUUGCAAGAAGGGACUCCUCUGGGAGCAGCCGGGCAGUGAAGCCCCGCGUGCACCCUGGUCUGGAGGAGGGCUCGCCGCUGUUCCCUCCCACAGGGACCCUAAGGCCCAGCUGGAGGACCUGGGCUCACGGGUGCAGUCUCUGAGGCUGUUUGACAUCGGCCGGGAUCCUGACGUGAGUGCACAGAACCCCGAACCAGAUGUCAGGCGCGCCCUGCCCGUCUCCCCCUCUGCCCUGGUCAAGCUUCUGGCAGUCGGCCCUGCUCCUCCAGCCCUGCAUGCUCAGCCCGAUGCCCCGGAGGCCCUCCCGGCCGCCCCAGCUCGACAGGGAGCUGAUUCGGCCUUGAGGCCGCUCUCCAGCCACUGGGAAACCCGCGGUGCUGACCCAGUUCCGGCGGUGACUGCCGGUGGUGCUCCAGUCCAAAGAGAGGCUUCUGGUGUCGUCCUCCCCUCAAGAGAAGCCCGUGGCCAGGCCUCCUUCGCGUCCCUGCUCCCGGAGGCUGCUCCUGCUGGUGCUGUGUCCCCGCGGUGGCCCGGCGCCCGGGGUGCUGCGCCGCUCUCGCCCUUGGGCGCAGGACCCGCUCCUCGGUCCUACCCAGGCUCGGGUUUUGGCCCAGUGCUCCCAGGGACAGCAGCUGGCCGCCCCGAGCCAGGGGAGCUGGUUCCCCGCGGACUCCCCGCGGCCGUCCAGCUCCCCGCGGCCAGUCCCCGUGCUGCCCGGAGCCACAGUCAGGAGACUGGGGCCCACACUGCCCUGGCACCCGUGCUGGAGAAGAAGAAGCGGAAGCGCUGCGGGGUAUGCGGGCCCUGCCAGCAGAAGGCCAACUGUGGCGAGUGCACGUACUGCAGGAACCGAAAGCACAGCCACCAGAUUUGCAAGAGGCGCAAGUGCGAGGAGCUGAAGAAGAAGCCAGCUGUCCUGGUGCCCCUGGAGGUUAUAAAAGAAAACAAGAGGCCCCAGAGGGAAAAGAAGCCCAAAGUUUUAAAGGCAGAUUUUGAUAACAAACCAGUAAAUGGCCUCAAGUCGGAAUCCAUGGAAUACAGUAGUGGUGGUCAUGGGGAAGAACAAAGAUUGGAACUGAACACACAGCCCCUUGAAAAUGUGACGAACAAUGGGGAGAGCACGACAGGUAUGGAGGUGGAGAAGUGGGCUCAGAACAAGAAGUCACAUUUAGCUGAGCAUGUCAGCUGCGACUUCAGUGCAAAUGUCCCCAAAGCUGAAAAGUCAAAACAGCCUGAAGAUGACAAGAAGCAAGCCAAGCCUCCAAAACUGUUUGUACAAACAACAAUUAAAAAUGGCAUUAAAAAUGUGACCUGUCUGCCAGCUGAAACAAACACACCAUUUAACAAAUUCAGUAUUGAAGAAUUUGGCAAGGCUUUGGGAAACCAUCCCUACAAACUCCUGAAAGACGCUGCAAACCAUGAUGCCAUGAGCUCCACAGUCUCUAGCACGGGCUGUGAUUGCCUAAAGGACAAGAGGAAUAUCUUCGUCUUCCAAAAGCCUGGCUUUAAUUGCAAAUCUGAAGAUGCUCUGCACUUUAACAGUCAGACCCACACACACCGUGAAGGGGACCAGCCUACAACCUUCGAGGCCGUAGCAAACCAAGAGCUGAGAGGGGGUUCCCCUGUGCAGCCCACCCUUCUGUCCCUCAUGAAAGACCGAAGGUUAACAUUGGAACAAGUGGUUGCCAUCGAGGCCCUGACGCAACUCUCUGAAGCCCCAUCAGAAAGCUCCUCACCUUGCAAGUCAGAGAAGGAGGAAGAGACAGCUCACAGAGCAGCCAGCUUGCUUAACAGCUGCAAAGCCAUCCUCUAUUCUGUAAGAAAAGACUUGCGAGACCCACACCUCCAGGAAGAGCUGCAAAGCGUUCCUCAUUGUCCUUCUUUAGAAAAGCAAAGUUUGCGUCCCACAGUGGUGUUCAAUGGCCAGAACCCCCUGUCCAAGCCACAGAUUGGCCCCAGUGCUAACCAGGCACCCACAAAGCCACCUGAAUACUCAAAAAUAAAAAAUACUGUGUCUUUUUUGACACCAAAAUCCAAUUCAACGCAAAUCGACACUAGUAAAAGCGUCACCAGCAGUGGGACUGUUCUUGAUGCUGGUUCCCAGAAUGUGCAUCCGUUGCCACCAACAAGUAAUGAGUUGGGGUGUUGUAAGCAAUUGCUGGACAGUAGUAAAAAUUUGCAUUCCAAGGAAGAUCCAUUAAGUCAGGACACAUCUUACAGCCAAAUUGAGGAAGAUGUUGCAACACAGUUAACACAACUUGCAUCAAUAAUUAAAUGCAAUUAUAUAAAAGCAGAGGGCAGUAAUGCAGCGAAUCCACAAGCAAGCCUUGUUGCCUGUAGCACACAGCAAAGGCAGAGCAAGGAAGAGGGCCCCGUGCCCCCAAAGCUAUCUCCAAGCACACAAAACAGCCAAGGCUUAUCUUUAGCUAAACAAAAGAACACAACCCAAAAGAAGGCCAAGUCCAUCCCUGUAAGAGAUCGGCGGAAGAAGCCUGCAGUCAUAACCUGUCCAGAAAAUAAUUGGAAACAGCGAGAGCAGCUGUCCUAUGAGUACAGUAGGUUACAUGACAUUUGGAUGGCAUCCAAAUUUCAAAGAUUUGGUCAGUUUGGCCCUCAUGAUUUUCCUCUUCUGUUGGGAAAAAUUCCUGCUUUUUCCAAAGUUCUGAAACCACUGGCUCAAGCCAAAACCACCCUACAACACAAAAACUUAUUUCCUCCCCUCAGUCAGAUCAAAUUUGAGCGAUGCCCUGAAUUAGCACAUGAGAAGAUGGUGAAGGCUGAACCGUUGGAUUCCCUUCCAGUGUUUCAUGUUGAGACCGAUUUUCACGGGCAAGCGUGUGCUGAUAAAGCUCCCACUUCUCAGGCACCAGCAGUGGUCAGUGGCAACCUGAAAGCUCACCCCUUGUCCCCACCUUCCUGUCCACCUCACCAGAGUGCUAACCAAGUGGCUGGCAGUGACCACACACGUUUUCCACAGGAUGCCCAAGAGCACCUCAUGCCACAGAGACUGACAGUGCCACCCUCUGUCUCUCCCGAGAUCCCUUUGCCAGACCCUGCACAAAUUCUCAGGAACCUGAACGUCGUCAGUUCAGGCGGAAUUACAGUGGUUGCUACCAAAAGCGAUGAGGAAGUCUGUUCACCUGGUGUCGCAGCGUCCGAGUUUUCCCCUGUAGAUGGUGCACAGAAGAAUUUUCAUGACUAUGCCAUGAAGUUCCUCACUAAACCUGCCAAAAACCUAGUGGCUGCGACAAAAGAUACCGAAGUGCCAACCUGCGACUGUCCGGAUCGGGGGCUACAAAAAGACAAAGGCCCCUAUUACACUCACCUGGGGGCAGGACCAACCGUGGCUGCGGUCAGGGAAAUCAUGGAGACUAGGUAUGGCCAAAAAGGGAAGGCAAUAAGGAUAGAAAAAGUUGUGUACACGGGAAAAGAAGGAAAAAGCUCUCAGGGGUGUCCAAUUGCUAAGUGGGUUAUCAGAAGAAGCAGUGAGGAAGAGAAGGUUCUUUGUUUGGUCCGGCAACGCCCAGGCCACCAGUGUCAGACUGCUGUGAUAGUGGUGCUCAUCAUGUUGUGGGAUGGCAUCCCUCUGCCGAUGGCGGACAGACUGUACACGGAGCUCACAGAGAACCUAAAGUCAUACAGUGGUCACCCGACAGACCGAAGAUGUACCCUCAAUGAAAAUCGUACCUGCACGUGUCAGGGGGUUGACCCAGAGACCUGUGGAGCUUCCUUCUCUUUUGGCUGUUCAUGGAGCAUGUAUUUCAACGGGUGCAAAUUUGGUAGAAGCCCAAGUCCCAGAAGAUUUAGAAUUGAUCCAAGUUCCCCCUUACACGAAAAAAACUUGGAAGAUAAUUUACAGAGUCUGGCUACAGAAUUAGCUCCAAUUUAUAAGCAGUAUGCUCCUGUUGCUUACCAAAACCAGGUGGAAUACGAACAUGUUGCCCGAGAAUGCCGGCUGGGUCGCAAGGAAGGGCGUCCUUUCUCCGGGGUCACUGCCUGCCUCGAUUUCUGUGCACAUCAGCACCGGGACAUCCACAACAUGAACAACGGGAGCACUGUGGUCUGUACUCUGACCCGGGAAGACAACCGCUCCCUGGGUGUGGUGCCCGAGGAUGAGCAGCUCCACGUCCUCCCACUCUACAGACUCUCAGACACUGAUGAGUUCGGCUCCAAGGAAGGCAUGGAUGCCAAGGUGCGGGCGGGGGCUGUGCAGGUCCUGCAGCCCACACGCAGGAAAAGGAUGCGCUUCACACAGCCGGUGCCCCGCUCUGGCAAGAAGCGGGCAGCAAUGAUGACCGAGGUGCUGGACCGCAAGAUCAGAGCGGUAGAGAAGAGGGACAGUAGUGCGACUAUGGGGCCUGGAAUAAAGAGUGAAACGAAACCCCAUUUUAUCUUCAAAGGUUCAGAAGACACUAAAAGCUACUCACCUGCCCCCUCUACCCCUCACCCUGCGGCAGAGUCAGCCCCGGCCCCCACCUUCUGUCCACUCUCCGCGCCCGCCGCCCGCUUCCCGCAGCCUGAGCUCCCUGCCUCCCCGCGCCAGUUCGAGACCCGCCUCGGGGGCGAAGGCGACGAUCGGCCCCGGGAGGCCGAGGAGCCCCCUUCCGAGGAGGCCCUGUCCGAGGAGGCUCUGUCCGACGAGCCGUGCGCUGAGAUGCGCCUGCCGCGCCUCACCGAGUACUGGUCCGACAGCGAGCACGCGUUCCGGGACAGGGCGGCCGGCGGCGUGGCCAUCGCGCCCACGCACGGCUCGGUGCUGAUCGAGUGCGCGCGGCGGGAGCUGCACGCCACCACGCCGGUGGCCAGCCCCAACCGCAACCACCCCACGCGCCUGUCGCUGGUGCUGUACCAGCACAAGAACCUGAAUAAGCCGCAGCACGGCUUCGAGCUCAACAAGAUCAAGUUUGAGACCAAAGAGGCCAGGAGUAAGAAAACGAGGGACCCAGAGCAGGAAGGCCCGGCGGCGGGCGCGGCCGACGCGUCCCACCCAGCCCGCGAGCUGACCCAGGUCCCAGCUCACCGCGCGCCGACGCUGACGCGCGACAACGUGGUCACCGUGUCCCCAUACGCGCUCACGCACGUGGCGGGGCCCUACAACCACUGGGUCUGA